AUGUCUUAUAACGAACGGCCCCGAGCCGGUGCCAGCAGCCCCCGUGAUCACAUUGACACCCAAGAAACCCGACCCCUCCUACACAACGCUCGAGAAUCAGGAGACAUCGCAGAGCCGGCAAGCCUGAGGAUAUCCAGCGCCAUGGGCUUCAAGGCCCUUCUCAGCCGCACCGCGUUCUUUCGCCAUCAUGAGGAGCGGAGUCCUCUGGAGCGGGAUCUUGUCCGGCGGCUUGACAUCUUUCUGAUGACUUUUGGCUGUGUCUCUCAGGUCAUCAAGUAUCUUGAUCAGACAAAUAUCAGCUCCGCCUAUGUGUCAGGGAUGAAGGAAGACCUCGGUCUAUAUGGAAAUGAGCUCAACUACUUCACCACCUGGUUCAGUGUCUCCUAUUGUAUUAUGCUGAUCCCUUCUCAGGUCAUCAUGACUUGGGUCAGGCCAAGCUGGUGGCUGCCGGGCUUGGAGAUCGCAUGGGGCAUCGUCACAGGGCUGAUCGCGCUAUGUCAUAACGCAAAGCAGGUUUAUGUAUUGCGCGUCUUCCUGGGGCUGUUUGAGAGCAGUGCCUGGCCUGGAAUGAUGACACUGUUUAUGUAUUGGUACACGCCUACCGAGCUGGCCAAGCGUAUGGGCUUCUACCACUCCUGCCAGUCGAUCGGGUCGAUGAUGAGCGGCGCCCUGCAGACGGCCGUUCUUAACACACUUGAUGGACACCAUGGAAUUGCUGGCUGGCGUUGGCUCUUUGUCAUAAACGCCAUCAUGACCGUCGCCGUUGGCCUUGCUGGCUUCUUCAUGCUACCCGACUACCCCUCUCGCCCAAACCCCCGUGCUGUCUGGUUCACCGCAGAGCACAGCCAAAUGGCGCAGGAACGGCUGGAGCGGCACGGCCGGGCCGGAGUCAAGAAGAUUACUUGGAGCGCGGCCAAGCGGACAGCGACCAUGUGGCUCGCCUACUUUAUCCCGGUGCUGUACAUUGGCACCGUUUUGGCACAGUACGGAAUGAACUACUUCAACCUAUUCUUGAAGUCUCUGCGGAACCCAGAUGGCUCCCGCACAUGGUCGACCUCACAGGUAAACACGAUACCCAUUGCCGGUGGCGCAAUAAAUGUGGCGUUCGUGUGGAUCUGGGCAAUCAUGUCCGAUGUUUUUCAAACCAGAUGGACGUUGCUGGUGGCCCAGGCUUUUAUUGGCCUGAUCGUCUCGAUCAUUAUGAGUGUCUGGACACAGCAUCCAGACACUACCCCGCUGUCGGCCGCUUACGCGAGCUAUUUCAUCCUCUACAUGUGCCAGGGAACGGCACCGCUGAUUUUCUCAUGGUUGGCUGAUCUUCUGCCGCAAGAUCCGGAGGCGAGGACUUUAGUCGUUGGAUAUGCCAUUGCGGGCGUAUACUCCAUCAUUGCGUGGUCUCAAGUACUUGUCUGGCCUGCCAGUGAAGCACCGCAUUAUAAAUAUGCUUGGCAGGUUUCAGUAGCACUGUGGGUGCUUGUGGCCACGAUGGUCGUUAUUUUGAGGAUCAUAGAUCUGAGAUAUCUGCUACCGAAGCGUUCGAUUGCUACCAUUCCUACAAUUGAUGCAGCAAAGGUGGAUGGUGAGGAGACCGUGGCUACAGACGCAGGCGGAAAGCAGUCAAAGUCGAAGACUACAGAUGUUGAAAAUGUGGCAUAA